GCUGCCGCGCCGGAAGCCGGAAGCGCCGGGCGGAGGGAGGGUCCCGGUUGCGCGGCGGUGAGUCCCGGUGCCGAGGCUGAUGCCAACGUCCCCAGAGCGACAGCGGUGGGAUGUGUCACCCGGGUGAAAAGUAGAAAAGUCACCAACGAUCAGAACAACGUUGAAAUCCCCAUCACCUCUUUGCUCCAGCGGGAGGAUGGACACCCUGAGGAACCGGACAGUGGAGGAGCUCCAGGAGCUGCAGGAAAACGCAGAAGAGAUCGAGCGCCUGGCCCUGGAGUCCCAGGAGGUCCAGGAGCUGCAGCUGGAAAGGGAGAUGGCCCUUGCCGCCAACCGCAGCCUGGCCGAGCAGAACCUGAAGUUCCAGGCGCCGCUGGAGACGGGGCGCGCCGACCUCUCGAACCGAUACGAAGAGCUGCAGAAGCUGGCCGAGCGGUGCAAAGAGCAAAAGGCAAAACUGGAGAAAUUUUCAGCCGCGAUGCAUCCUCAAACCUUGCUGGAUCUCCUGCAGGUGGAAAGCCAGAAAAUCGAAGAGGAGUCUGAGAAAAUGGCCGAGCAGUUCCUGGAGGGCGAGGUGCCUCUGGAGACAUUUCUCGAGCAGUUUUCCCCGAUGAGGAAGUUGGCCCACUUGCGCCGUGUCAGAGUGGAAAAGCUGCAGGAGAUCCUGAGGAAGUUGGAAACGUCGCAGGAGCCCGGCAGGGACUCGCAGCAGCCGCCUCCUCCCCUACCUGCGCCCGCAGACCCGCCGAAGCCUCAGCCCUUCCCUUCAGGAGCUCCUUCCUUCCCUUUACCCUACAGCCCGGCCCCAAAUAUGCCGGUUGGCCCCACAGCCCACGGAGCUCUCCCUCCUGCUCCUUUCUCCGGCUCCCCGGUCACGGUGGGACACGUUGCUUCCUCCCAGCCGAGCACCCAGCCCGCCUUUCCCUAUAAACCUCCUCCGGGUCCCAGUUACCCGCCCGUGCAGGCUGCCGACGCCGUGCCAGGGUACCCCAAACCCCCCUCGGGGAGCUCGGCUCCGGCGCCGGGCUAUUCCUGGUCUCCAUCCAGGGGUCCACCUCACCCCCCACCAUUUUCUAGCGCUCACCCUUCUCCACCACCACCCAGACCCGGGUACCCUCCCUACUUCCCACCUGGAGCAGGGAGACCCCAGUGCCCCUACCCCACCCAACCCCCUCUCCCAACUUUCCCAAUCCCCCCGCAGCCUCCCUAUCCUCCUGGACCUCCCCAACCCUUUGGGUACCCCCCACCUCCAAACCCUCAACGCCCUGCUUGGCCUGGCUACUAAAUCAGGACUCCUGGGGAGCGUCCUCUGCUGCUCCCUCCAUUUUUUUUUUUGGGGGGGGGGGGUGUGUCGUUUUUUUUGUUUGUUUGUUUUUUUGUGGACUGAGGAAGCAGAGCAUCGCCCCGUCGAUGCGAAAGCAUUACGCAGGAUGAGACCGUAGCGGCUCCGCGGGUCGCAGAUGUCGCACCGUCACCCUUUUCGCAGCUCUUCAAAAGACACAGCGGGAAUCUCCGGCGGUAUUUCCCGCGCAAAAUACUCACUGCUUUCCAAGAAGACUCCCCGGAAUGCAAGAGAAGCAGAGCCCAGCUCGGCUUGCAGGCGAUUGGUAACUGGUUGUGGCGGGGAGAAGCAGCCCGGGCCUUGAGGUCUGUCUGUCUGUCUGUCUGUCUGUCUUUUAUCCACCACAGGAGCCUUUCCAGCCUCUCGCCAAGGGCUCUGGUCGCUCCCCGGAGUUCAACGCGUGGAUAUUUUCUCUGCUUUUUGAAGUAAACCGGGCUAUCACGACAUCCCGGGCUGCUGCUUUCGGGGAGGGGGGCACAUUUCUGGGGGGACUCGGUGCCUCCUGCCCAUCUCAGCAGCCUCCUGUGUCCCUGGCCUCUCCUGCAGUGCCCGGGGCGAACAGGGUGGGGAUUUUUUUGGGGGUGCUACAGGCUCCAGCCUUCCUCACGUCCCCCUUCUCAGGAAACACUAGAUAACCGAGGGAGCGACAAGUUGACGUUAAUGGAAAUGGGAUUUGCUUUGCUCAGCACUUUAUCCUACGACUCCUGCCUGUGUCCCUUAAGUUAUUUAUAAGGAAAGAUUCCUAAUGGACUAGAACAAGGCAAAUGCUUGUGGGGUUUGGUGGAAACAAUUCCGUAUCUGUGGUUAAUUACAGUAAUAAAACUUGAUGAAUUGCA